GGGCAACUAGGGGUCCUUUUUUCUUGUUUCAAACCGCACCCUACGUACUGUAUUAGUGCACUACUUAGGGUUCAUCUCAAUAAGCUUCUGCGCCUAAAUGUAGUGCCCUAAAUGUCUGGAUCUGUAGGAUUGGGAAAUACCCGGACGUCUGUAUUGUUGUCUUAUUACGGAUGAUUUCUGUUUAUAUUUUUAAGUGUUGUUCAUCAAUUACGGUCGCUGUUAAAUUCAUAAUUAAUCAGGGUUUUUUCCCCACACUAUAACCUGAAUAAAACAUGUUUAUAUGUGAUUAGUUGCUGUCUUUGUGCCCUUUGUCCUACAUUCCCUGAAGAGGAAGUUGUUGUUGAUCUGUUUCCGGCUCUUGUGUGUUUGUGUCUGUAGAAUUGAGACCUAAUAAUCGACGGUAAUAUUUAAUAAUAUUUAAUAAUGUUGUUAUUUCCCUCGGAGCUGUGGGGUGUGUGUGUGGACAUCAUCACCUCUACACACUGUACUGUAGUUUUAGGUGCAGUUACAGCGUCACUUUUGUUCCUGUUUGGCAGAAAAAACGCUCAGGUCCCGGUGUUGGUGUGUACCGAUGGAUUGCGAGUUUUCUUACACACACACUGCCCUGUGGUUUUGGAGAGGUUUUGCCCUACGCCUUGGUGCUGGGGUGGCCGAGUACAGACACUGAUGCGCGUCUUCAUCAAAUCCUGUCCUGCUGUCACGUAUCGCAAUGAGAUGAUCAGGACCGGUGAUGGCGGUCAGCUGUCUCUAGACUGGGCAGAUAACCCCAAAAGUGCAAACUACCCACAAUCCUCCAUUCGGCCUACAGUGCUGAUCCUGCCCGGGCUGACAGGAAACAGCCGGCAGACGUACGUCCUGCACAUGGUCCAGCAAGCCAUACGACAUGGAUACAGGUGUGUGGUGAUGAAUAACCGAGGUUUCGGGGGAGAAGAUUUGCUGACACCUAUUACGUUCAGUGCUGCAAAUACUCAAGACGUGGAAACGGCUGUCAAUCAUGUGAAAGAGCUUUAUCCAAAAGCCCCUCUGCUCGGAGCUGGGGUCUCUCUUGGGGGGAUGCUGCUGCUGAAUUAUCUGGCACGUAAAGGUCGUGACUCGAAGAUGAUCGCAGGACUCACGCUGUCCGUGAGCUGGAACUCAUUCGAAUCGGCCAAAUCUCUGGAGCAGCCAAUCAACAAGCUGCUUUUUAAUCGCCACCUCACCGGUAACCUGUGCCGCGCCAUCAACAGACACAGAAAGAUCCUGGAGACGGUGAUAGACAUAGACCAUGUGUUAAAGGCUCGAACCAUUCGGGAGUUUGACGAGCGCUUCACAUCUGUGUUGUUCGGCUACAAGUCGUGUCACGAUUAUUACCAAGACGCCAGUCCAGGAUACAAAGUGCCCCAGAUGUCUGUCCCAGUGCUGUGCCUUAACGCCGCUGAUGAUCCCUUCUCCCCAGAACAUGCUUUCCCGGUAUCUCUGGCUCGGCGCUCGCCGAACGUGGCUCUCUUAGUGACAUCACACGGAGGACACAUCGGCUUCCUCGAAGGUCUUUUCCCGCACGGCGAAGGCUACAUGGAUCGAGUGUUCAGUCAGUUCGUCCGAGCCGCCUUCGAACACCAGGAGGACCUGAAGGAAGCCUGCCUUAACAGCGACAAGUAGCACAAACAUCUCAGCAGCUCAGAGUAACCACUACACACAUGAUUUAUGAUUCAGUAACCACCAGUACAUCUCUCUGUAAUACAUUUCAGCUACGGGAACCGCAUUAGAAGGAAGUUUCACUUAAAAAUGGAAGUUUAUGCUCUUAAGUGCUCAGAAAAUGGGGCUGAGGGAUUUAUUUCUGUUUGUGUGCUGAAGAGGUGACGAUCUAAACGCAAAAUCUCUAAUUUUAUUUAACAAAUGCUUAUUUAAUGUCCAAAAUCUCCAUAUUUUUUUAAUAUCUAUAUAGAUUAAUAAUUAAGUGCUCCACGAACGUUGUUCUGUCUCACAAGUCGACCAGUUCAAAUACAAAAAAAAACAAAAAAAAAAACGUAGUCAACAGGUUGUCUUUAAAAAUAAUUCAGUGAAUUAAUCAAAUAUUUUAGGAGAUAAUUUUUAGGAUGUUUUAUGAUGUCCACUAAAUUCUAAUAUACUACACAUCAGUUAGUACUUUUAACAUCAUUCAUUCAUUCAUUUUCUACCGCUUAUCCGAACUUCUCGGGUCACGGGGACCCUGUGCCUAUCUCGGGCGGCAUCGGGCAUCGAGGCAGGAUACACCCUGGACGGAGUGCCAA